AUAAAAUAAAACCAAAAAGAGCAAAUCUGGUUUAACAGAAUAUUGUUAUUAAAGAGAUAAACGGUGAGAAGAUAAAACUUUAGGCAAUAAUUGUUUUACAUUUCUUAUUUUAAAUAUUAUUUUGACUUAAUUACAUUUUAUUUUAUUUAUUCCUUUGACACCUGGGUAUAUAAUCUUAAUACAUAUGCGUUGAAUCUUAUAGAUAUAUUCCUUCAAAAUACAUUUUAUUUUAUUUAUUCUUUUGACACUUGGGUAAAACAUCAAGUUCCUUCAAAAGAGUUCAAGCUUCACUUUUUCUUUGCUCAGAACCCUUAUUUGGAAAACACUGUGGUGAAUAAGACAAAUCACAUGAUUGAAGAAGAUGAUUCAAUCCUCGAGAAGGCCAUUAUUGGGUGAUCUAUUUCUUUUCUCAUGUAUUUGCCUUUUUUUUUCCUUAAGAAAAAGAUUUACUCAUCCUUAACUAUUGUACAGGACGGAGACUGAGUGGUGUCCUAUAUAGAAUGUUUGGAUCAGAAGGUCCUUAAAAUAAGCCAAAGAAGGGAUCCAAAAUCACAAACUCACAAAUCCCAUCACUAAGACUGAGGAGAGGGGGAGUUUCUUCAAUUAUUUCAGUCCACCUCAAGUUCCUGAUGAAGAGUAAGAUUGUCAUGGCCCAAACCCAUUCAAACCCCCAAGCCCAUAUUUUGAGCCAAAAAAAAAAAACCCUAAAGAAGGGCAUUUUAGUCAUUUUGGAUGAUCUGCAACCUAAGAUAUUUCACUUAUAUGUUUUGGCCACGAUCUAGAGAGGAGAGGGAGAGAAAAAUUGAUGGCAAAGCCCUGCCAAAUUCACCAAAAACGCAGCCUGCAACACUCUGUUCUCUAAGUGAGAUCAGUGUCAAGUUGAGGUUUUGGAGAGGAGUUUACGGCCAGAUAUUUAAGAUUUAAGCAAAGAGUCUUAGCUGGAUCGAUAGAUCUCGUUUCAAGGAGGACACAGCAACAUUCGUAUCUCAGUUACGAGGUAACAUCAGUUAGUUAUUCGAUCUACAAGUUGGGGCAAAAACCAUUCUAUUCUGCAAUCUGUUCAGAUCAGGAUUUUAUGUUUUGCAGAGCCAUAUUGUGGGGCAAUUUCCGGUUGAUACAGAAGGAUCUAGGUGACGGUAUUGUUAUGGUUGGAAAUCUGACAUUCCCAGCUUUCUACAGCCACCAUGACCACGCAUUUACGAGUGUCACAUAGGGCUUUUGUGAGAAGAUAUCCCGGUGAACCAGAGAGAGUUAGAAAACGAGUAAGAUAUCUCUGGAAAGCUCUUGUUUCGAGGAAUCUGUAUCAGUUGACGGUUUCUUGUUUAGAUGUAAGAUCAAUUAAUUACUCGUGUUGCUUCCUGGCCAAGAAACAGUUUGUUCUAUCAAAACAGAAACCUUAAUUCCCUUUGAACACAUGCAGUUUCAGAUCGCUAGAACAUUAUUUCAACCGCUAUAUUCAGAAUUUACUUUCAACCUCAGGGCAAAGGUGAGGAUGCGAGCUGUGGAUUCUUAAUAUUAUUAGUCAAGUUGUAUUCUUAAAUGCUAGGUCUAGGAACUUGUUUGUAUUUGAUUGUGAUUGAUGUGUGAUGAUUAUUUGUGAUGAUAAUUUUAAUGAUUAGUUGAUAAUGGUUUAUGUGAUAAGUGUUGAAAGUGUAAAGUAUAUAUAAAAUGUGUGAAGUCGGACUGAGGACGAGGACAUGGCGAUCCCGUCAAAGCCCGUAAACCGGCUGACGAGCCCAAGGUGGCGUACGACCUUUCGAGGUGACGGCCAGCCUAAGUGUUAUGUUAUUAUUAAUAUUGGGAAUGGUUAUGAGAUAAGAAAUGUUAAUGUGAUUAAUGGAAGUGUAUUGAUAUGAAUAAUUUGUUAUGAUUGCUAAUUGUUUAAUAUGUUGAGUGAUGCAUGUUCUAGGACUAGUAUUUUUGUGUGCAAGUUGGUUAAUAAUGUUAGGGGUCAUGUGGACAGGCAUGACCAUCCUCACUGAAUGACUGUGUGUUAUUCAUCCCUCUUUCCCCUUUUCCCCUUUCAGGUGAGGAGUGAAGGUUCACAGCGAGUCUUGUCGGGUGCUGGUUUUAAAAAUGAGUUUUACUUAUGUUUUAUUUCAGAUAUAACUACGUUGGUUUGACUUUGCGAAUUAUGCGGUUUAUGAUUUCAUGUUAAGAUGUUUCUUUAAGAAUAAAGAUGGAUUUUUAUGAAAUAUAUUUAUUAAGUUGGUUAAUUUUGAAAGACGGGUGUUACAAUUUUGGUAUCAGAGCUAGUUCUAUCCCGGUUCCGACCUGGGAUGGCGGUCAAUAAAUCAGUUUCCAAUGUUUUAAGGUUUUUAUGGGGUUUUGGGAUAUUUAAAAAAAAAAAAAAAAAUGCACCGACGACUCCGCAUUUGAACCUCAAAGUCCUUAAAUCCUUUGUUGAGCUGUCCUAAAUGUUUUGUAUUUGGCAGUAUGGCUCGAGGUGGAACUAGAAGAGGUGGAGCUAGAAGAGGCAGAGGACGUGGAGCUCACCCUAGGGAAGAAACUGUUGAAAUGACUGCAGAGAGUACUCAUAACGGAGGUCAAGCACCAAUUCAAGGAGUGGAUCCGGCAGUGAUCACAGCAGCAGUGGUUGAAGGACUCAGACAGUUGUUUGGACAACAAAUUCCAGCAAUACCAGUAGGCGGACAGAUGCCUGGUGUGGCUGCGGCUCAGGCUCAAGGUGCACCACCACCACCUGUAAUUCCACCACCUCCACCGCCAGUACAGAUGCCAAAUCAGGAUCUGAGGCAUGACUACUGGAAAGUGUUGAAGCUGAUGAGAGAAAUGGGAACUACAACUUUCAAUGGUGAAACUGAUCGAGUUGUAGCUGACAAUUGGAAGAAGCAGCUGGAGCGUAACUUCGGAAAUGUUCGCUGCCCACCAGAGUAUAAGGUAGAGUUAGCUACCAGCUUUCUUUUGGGUGAAGCUCAGAUUUGGUGGGAUGCAUUUGUUAGGGGAGGUCAGCCAGGCUACAUUGUUCCUUGGACUACAUUCCGAGAAGAGUUUGAUAGGAAGUAUUUUCCGCAAGAGGCUUUGGACCAGUUGGAAAUGGAGUUUCUGUCACUCACUCAGGAGAACCGAUCAGUGAGGGACUAUGAGCGAGAGUUCAACAGACUUAAAAGGUUCUUUGGGAGAGAAAUGAAUGAACAGUUCAAGAUUAAAAAGUUCAUGAUGGGUUUGAGACUGGAUAUCCGCAAGAUUUGCCAGAUUCGUGACUAUGGAAGUCUCAUUGACUUGGUGGAAAGAGCUUCAUUGACUGAGCGCAAUAUUGAAGAGGAAAACAAACUGACUAAGAGUGCACCGCAAAAAUCUGCUCGAACAACAGAACCAGUGAGACAUCAGCAAGAUAGUCGGGGAGUUAUUGCUGGAAGGGACAAGGGAGCAGCAUGCAGCCGGUGUGGAAAGAAUCAUAGCGGAACUUGCAUGAGUUCUACAGGGUUAUGCAACAAUUGCGGCCAGCCUGGACACACAAAGGCGACUUGUAGGAAGUUUAUGGGCACAUGCAAUUCUUGUGGAAAAGUCGGUCAUCGUGCUAAAGACUGCAGGGUGAGACAGCAUGGUCAGAUCAUUGGCAAUCAAAACAGGGAACAGUUGCCUCCGCCUCCAAAGAGACAGACAGUAGCUCCCCGUGCUUAUGUAGCAGGAGAUCAUAAGGGCAACGAGCCAAUCGCGGGAUCUAUCUCUGUUGGAGAUGUCGCUGCAUACACAUUGUUUGAUAGUGGGGCUACACAUAGUUUUGUGAGCCCAAAACUAGUAAAGUGUUGGCACUUUAAGGGAAAAGUUCGUAAUAAAGAAUGGAAAGUUGAAACCGCAGGAGAUGAACCGAUGAAAUCUUCAAGGACUUUCAAGGAUGUUCCGAUUAUAAUUGAAGGUGUUGUACUUCUCGGAAGUCUUGUGGAGAUGAAGUUGGGUCGUUAUGAUGUUAUACUCGGAAUGGAUUGGUUAACACAACACGACGCGUUAUUAGAUUGCCGAAAGACACGGAUUACCUUUUCAGGACCAGAAGGAAGAAUGAGUUACCAGGGGCUUAAGCUUCAGAGUGGAAUUCCUAUUAUCUCAAUGAUUCAAGCAGAAGAGUUGUUAGCAAAGGGAAACGAAGCUUACCUUGCCACAAUAACUAUGGAGGGGGGCGAAGUAGAUGCAGAGCUAGACACUAUUCCAGUCGUAGCUGAAUACAAAGACGUUUUUGAAUCAUUAAAAGGGCCACCACCAACAAGGGGAUAUGCUUUCACCAUUGAGAUAGAGCCAAGAGCUGCUCCAGUAUCUAAAGCGCCCUAUCGUUUAGCUCCCGCAGAGAUGGCAGAGUUGAAAAGGCAACUUGAGGAUUUAACAGACAAAGGGUUCAUCCGACCAAGUAGUUCGCCAUGGGGAGCCCCAGUUCUAUUUGUUAAGAAAAAGGAUGGAAGUUUCCGACUUUGUAUUGACUAUCGGGGAUUGAAUAAGGUCACAAUUAAGAACAAGUACCCGCUGCCACGCAUUGACGAGCUGUUAGACCAACUUCAAGGAGCUUCGUGGUUCUCAAAGAUUGAUUUAGCAUCUGGCUAUCAUCAGAUAUCUAUAGCAGAGGAGGAUGUGAGAAAGACAGCUUUCCGGACACGUUAUGGACAUUAUGAGUUCGUAGUGAUGCCAUUUGGGCUAACUAAUGCGCCAGCAGCCUUUAUGAAAUUGAUGAACAAUGUGUUUCGAGAGUAUUUGGAUAAAUGUGUAAUUCUGUUCAUUGAUGACAUCCUGGUUUACUCAAGGACAAAAGAAGAGCAUGAGUGGCAUCUACGCGUGGUGAUGAACAAGUUGCGAGAACAUCAGCUAUUCGCUAAGUUGAGCAAGUGUAGCUUUUGGCAAAGGAAAAUUGGAUUUUUGGGGCAUGUGGUUUCAGAAGAAGGAGUGGCUGUGGAUCCUGAAAAAGUCACAUCAAUCAUUAAUUGGCCUACACCUAAAAGUGCCACAGAGAUGCGUAGCUUUCUCGGGUUAGCUGGUUACUAUCGGAAAUUUGUAAAAGGAUUUGCUAGCUUAUCUAAGCCGAUGACUCAACUAACGGGAAAGGGAGUAAAGUUUGAAUGGUCGGAGCAGUGUGUGGAGAGCUUUAAGAAACUGAAAGAGCAUUUGACCAAAACUCCAGUGUUGGUAUUACCAAGGACAGGAGUACCAUAUGUGGUUUACACCGACGCUUCAGGAACAGGAUUAGGAUGUGUGCUCAUGCAAGAAGAUAAGGUAAUUGCUUAUGCCUCAAGACAACUACGAAAGCAUGAGGUUAACUAUCCUACUCAUGAUCUGGAGCUUGCAGCAGUGGUUUUUGCUUUGAAAAUAUGGCGUUGUUACCUAUAUGGAGAAAAAGUUCAGAUAUUCACUGAUCAUAAGAGCUUGAAGUAUGUGUUCACUCAAAGCGAUUUAAAUCUAAGGCAAAGAAGGUGGAUGGAGAAAAUGGCAGAUUAUGACUUGGAGAUAACAUACCACCCAGGAAAAGCUAAUCAUGUUGCAGACGCCUUAAGUAGGAGGAGGAGCGAUGUAGCAGGCAUCAAAGAUAUGCAAGAACUGACAUCAACUUUAGCUACCUUAAGUCUGUGUGCGGUAACUGUUGAAGAGGAUAAUGCUGGACGAGAGGCAAUAGACCGAGCUGAUUUGUUAUGAAGAGUUAGAGAAGCACAGAAAACUGAUGUAGAAUUACAGAAGGUUUUGGAAGCUGGGUGAUUAGAUAUCGUGUAACAGAUAAUGGGACAGUUUUAUACCGAAAUCGUGUGUGUGUACCAGUGGAUAAAGGUCUAAGAGAUGAGAUCUUACUUCAUGCCCAUCAAUCAAGAUUUUCGAUACAUCCAGGAAGUAACAAAAUGUAUCAGGAUUUAAAAAGGUAUUAUCAUUGGAGUGGAAUGAAAAAGGAGGUUGCCAACUAUGUAGCGCAAUGUUCAAUUUGUCAAAUGGUAAAAGCUGAGCGUGGUUUACCAAGUGGGUUGUUACAGAGUUUAACUUUACCAGAGUGGAAAUGAGAUAUGAUUACUAUGGAUUUUGUCACUGGUUUGCCAAGAACGACGGGUGGCAAGGAUGCCAUAUGGGUAAUAGUGGACAGACUCACAAAAUCGGCUCACUUCUUGGCUAUCAAAAAGACUGAUGGAGUUGAUGUGUUAGCAGAAAAAUAUCUCCAAGAGAUAGUCAAGCUACAUGGUAUACCAGUGAGUAUUGUAUCUGAUCGCGACCCAAGAUUCACAUCAAUGUUUUGGCAGGCUUUCCAGAAAGCAUUGGGUACUAAAGUUCAUUUGAGUACUGCAUACCACCCACAAACGGAUGGACAAUCAGAACGUACCAUACAAACGCUAGAAGAUAUGCUGAGAGCGUGUAUGUUGGACUGGGAGAUAAGUUGGAUGCAUUAUUUACCAUUGGCUGAGUUUGCAUACAACAAUAGUUACCACUCUAGCAUAGGGAUGGCACCCUAUGAGGCUCUGUAUGGACGUCCAUGUCGCACACCCUUAUGUUGGACCGAAGUGGGAGAGCGACGAGAUUUAGAACCAGAGAUUGUUCAAGAGUCAGAGGCUCAAGUGGCUUUAAUUCGGGAUAAGCUUAAAGAAGCUCAUGAGCGCCAGAAAAGUUAUGCAGACAAGAGAAGAAAAGAUUUGGAGUUUGAAGUUGGAGAUGCAGUGUACCUAAAAAUGAGAACGUUUAGAGGGACUAAUGAUCUGAGGAAGUUGAAGAAACUCAGACCACGGUACAUGGGACCUUAUGUCAUAAAUGAAAGGAUCGGGGCUGUAGCAUAUCGGUUGAACUUACCACAAGAAUUGGCAGAUUUUCACAACGUCUUUCACAUUUCAGUGUUGCGCAAGGUGGUUAAAGAACCUCAACUGAUUAUCCCUCAUCCACCCCAAGACUUGGAAAAGAAUUUGACUAUUCCAGCAGUACCUAGAGAGAUCUUAGACCGUAAGGAAACUAAAGUGAAAGGGAAAAGUAUCUGGAAGGUUCAAGUUUGUUGGGAAAGGGAUGGAGUUCGAGAGAUGACUUGGGAGUUGGAAAACCGGAUGAAGGUGGAUCAUCCGGAGCUCUUCCAGAACUAGAGCGGGGCCUUGCCCCAGCCGUGCAAUUCGAGGACGAAUUCAUUCUAUGUGGGGGAGAAUUGUCAUGGCCCAAACCCAUUCAAACCCCCAAGCCCAUAUUUUGAGCCAAAAAAAAAAAACCUUAAAGAAGGACAUUUUAGUCAUUUUGGAUGAUCUGCAACCUAAGAUAUUUCACUUAUAUGUUUUGGCCACGAUCUAGAGAGGAGAGGGAGAGAAAAAUUGAUGGCAAAGCCCUGCCAAAUUCACCAAAAACGCAGCCUGCAACACUCUGUUCUCUAAGUGAGAUCAGUGUCAAGUUGAGGUUUUGGAGAGGAGUUUACGGCCAGAUACUUAAGAUUUAAGCAAAGAGUCUUAGCUGGAUCGAUAGAUCUCGUUCCAAGGAGGACACAGCAACUUUCGUAUCUCAGUUACGAGAGCCAUAUUGUGGGGCAAUUUCCGGUUGAUACAGAAGGAUCUAGGUGACGGUAUUGUUAUGGUUGGAAAGCUGACAUUCCCAGAUUUCUACAGCCACCACGACCACGCAUUUACGAGUGUCACAUAGGGGUUUUGUGAGAAGAUUUACCGGUGAAUCAGAGAGAGUUAGAAAGAGAGUAAGAUAUCUCUGGAAAGCUCUUGUUUCGAGGAAUCUGUAUCAGUUGACGGUUUCUUGUUUAGAUGUAAGAUCAAUUAAUUACUCGUGUUGCUUCCUGGCCAAGAAACAGUUUGUUCUAUCAAAACAGAAACCUUAAUUCCCUUUGAACACAUGCAGUUUCAGAUCGCUAGAACAGUAUUUCAACCGCUAUAUUCAGAAUUUACUUUCAACCUCAGGGCAAAGGUGAGGAUGCGAGCUGUGGAUUCUUAAUAUUAUUAGUCAAGUUGUAUUCUUAAAUGCUAGGUCAAGGAACUUGUUUGUAUUUGAUUGUGAUUGAUGUGUGAUGAUUAUUUGUGAUGAUAAUUUUAAUGAUUAGUUGAUAAUGGUUUAAGUGAUAAGUGUUGAAAGUGUAAAGUAUAUAUAAAAUGUGUGAAGUCGGACUGAGGACGAGGACAUGGCGAUCCCGUCAAAGCCCGUAAACCGGCUGUUAAGCCCAAGGUGGCGUACGACCUUUCGAGGUGACGGCCAGCCUAAGUGUUAUGUUAUUAUUAAUAUUGGGAAUGGUUAUGAGAUAAGAAAUGUUAAUGUGAUUAAUGGAAGUGUAUUGAUAUGAAUAAUUUGUUAUGAUU